UAUUGUUCCAAAUAGAGCACAGAACAUACUAAAGCAAGUACGUACGUAUCAGAAGAAGAAGCACUGAAGAAAGAAGAGCUCAGGAACAAUGGCCCACCUGACACUAAUUGCCAGAGCCAGUGAUGGACUACCUCUGUCAGCAUCCAUUGUCAAUGAAGAGUCUGGCCGGGAUUAUGCUGAAUACCAACCCAAGGCCAAGCAGAUAUUCCGCAAGCUGUCGUCAGUCAGCCCCCCUCGAUGCUCAAUCGAGUGUGACCCGGGUCGUAUGGUGUUCCACUACAUCCUUGAGGAGGGGAUAUGCUACCUCGCCCUGUGUGACCUCACCUAUCCUGCCAAGCUGGCCUUUAACUACCUCGAGAAUCUACACAAAGACUUCAGUGAGCAACAUGGCAACGAUGUACACAAAGCCAGUCGACCGUACCACUUCAUUGAGUUUGAUCUCAGUGACAAAGCGGGGAAGCUGGUCGACCACUCUCGUGUGCCAGAGGCUAAUGGCUGAUCAGCUGAUGCAGCAUGUGAGCAUCUCCUGGCUACUGUGGAUUGGUUCUGGACUCAAGGAGGUGGUUCACCCACUUCUACGUGUGGGGGGUGGUGUGGAACUACUCUGUAUUCCUCUACUAUACCAGCCACUGUCUACUGCACACACGACUACCGCUAUUGGGACCAACAGCACUGCUGCAUUUGAGAAUUCAGACUCACCCCUUGCUGGCCUGAUUGUAGCCACUCUGUUGUUCCUCUGGGCCUACACACAUCAGUACCGAUGUCACGUCAUCCUUGCACAACUCAGAGCAGUCAAGAACAAGCCACAGUACGGCGGCUGUCACUGCCAAGCAGACUCACAUUUGCUAUAGACACAAGUUUGAGGACUAUCCAAACAACAGACAAAUUGUUAUGACCAUUUGUUUAUUAGUUGCUAAUAUAAUUUAUGCUAUGUACAUGCAGUACUGUAUGGUAUCAUUCAUAUUCUCCAAUCAAUAAUCUAUCAAAUUAA